GCGCAUCUGUAGCAUACUAAAAGUACAUUACGCCAGUUGAUGUUUAGGAGCCAGUUUGUUUACUGAAAAGCGGAAGGAAGAUGUUGCUUUAGUUAUUUUUUUCCACCUGAGCGGGAGGUGGGGGUACAUCUGGGUAGUUAUUUGGUUGAAAACUGGCAGCUAUGGGCGACAGUGCAGAAGAGGAAACGUGCACGGUAAAGCUUGAACUUACGAGUGCCAAUUUGACGGGGCAUUCAGAGAAGGUGGGAAUGGAAAACUUUGAGCUGCUUAAAGUGCUUGGAACUGGUGCCUAUGGGAAGGUAUUUUUGGUGAGGAAGAUCAGUGGCCAUGAUGCUGGAAAGCUGUAUGCAAUGAAGGUGCUGAAAAAGGCAGCCAUUGUACAGAAGGCCAAGACUACAGAGCACACCAAGACAGAACGCCAAGUCUUGGAACAUAUCAGACAGUCCCCCUUCCUAGUGACUUUGCACUAUGCCUUCCAGACGAACACAAAGCUUCAUCUUAUACUAGAUUAUGUGAGUGGUGGAGAGUUGUUCACUCAUCUUUAUCAGAGAGACCAUUUUACAGAAGAAGAAGUCCGAAUUUAUAUUGGAGAAACCAUUUUAGCACUGGAACAUUUGCACAAGCUGGGUAUUAUUUAUCGGGACAUCAAGCUAGAAAACAUUCUUUUGGACAGUGAAGGACAUGUGGUUCUGACUGACUUUGGCCUCAGCAAAGAGUUUGACACAGAGGAGAAAGAGCGAACAUAUUCAUUCUGUGGUACCAUUGAGUACAUGGCUCCAGAAAUUAUCAGAGGAAAAUCUGGUCAUGGGAAGUCUGUUGAUUGGUGGAGUCUUGGGAUUCUUAUGUAUGAAUUACUAACUGGGGCGUCACCUUUUACAUUGGAAGGAGAGAAGAACACACAGGCAGAGGUGUCCAGGCGCGUCUUGAAAAACAGCCCCCCUUUUCCAUCUGAUGUUGGACUUGCAGCAAAAGAUCUUCUACAGAAACUUCUAAUAAAAGACCCUACAAAAAGGCUUGGAUCUGGUUCUAGGGGAGCAGAUGAGAUUAAAUCUCACAAUUUUUUCAAGGGACUAAAUUGGAAAGACUUGGCAGAAAAGAAAAUAUCUGCACCAUUUAAACCCGAGAUCAAUAACGAACUGGAUGUCCGUAACUUUGCUGAUGAAUUUACAAGGAUGGAGCCCACCUACACUCCAGCUGCAACUUCCCCUCCAAGCGGCGACAAACUUUUUCAGGGAUAUUCUUUUAUUGCACCUUCCAUCCUUUUUAAUAGAAAUGCAAUCACAAAUGAUCUCUUUGACAUACAAAUGACCACGGAACGUCCUAAUAGUGCAACCAUAGCUCGUAUUGCUAUGAUGAAGGAUUCUUCCUUUUUACAACAUUAUGACUUGGACCUGAAAGAAAGUGCACUUGGAGAAGGCAGCUUCUCAAUCUGCCGGAAAUGCCGGCACAAGCAGUCUGGGAUAGAAUACGCUGCCAAAAUCAUCAGUAAGAGGAUGGAAACAAACACUCAGCGAGAAAUAGCAGCACUUAAGCUCUGUGAAAAUCAUCCUAAUAUUGUGAAGUUACAUGAAGUCUACCAUGAGCAGCAUCAUAGUUUCCUGGUAAUGGAAUACUUAAAAGGUGGAGAACUACUUGAACGAAUUAAACGUAAAAAGUACUUCAGCGAGUCUGAGGCCAGCCAGAUCAUGCGAAAGUUGGUAUCAGCGGUCAGUUACAUGCAUGAUGCAGGUGUGAUACAUCGGGAUCUUAAACCAGAGGUAUGA